AUGUCAGCAAACAUGAUGGGCUGGGCCGCUGCGCCCGGCACCCAAGGAGCAGUCCCACCUCCGCCUCCAGGACCCUAUGCCUAUCCAAACCCUGCAUACACUCAGGUCCAAGUUCGCCAGAACUUCAGUCAGCCCUACUCCGUCCCUCCACCAGUCUACCCUGGUGCUCCUGUUCCACCAUCUCCGUACGGUGCACCACAGGUGCCCCCUCCGCCCCCAGCUAAUCAACCCGAGCCCGCCAAAAAGAAAAUUGAAUGGCCUCUGUCGGUUCGCCAAUACGUCCAGCGAUCAUUCAUCCCUGACAACCUGAAUCCCUCGGUCUCGCGGUCCGACAUGGAACAGAAGUUGAGGGAAGUCAUCUCCGGCGCCACCGACUCUGGCAAGUUGCACACAAUAGACUGGGAACACAUGCCUUUACCCCAGGACUUGGUCGUACAAGAGCGCACCAAGCUGCUAGAGUCACAGAAGUCCGCCUUUGGCAGCAGUCCCGGCUCAGCCAGGAAGAGAAAGUCAUUUGAACAGGACGGCGACUAUGACAGCAGCCCUGCCACCCUAUCCCCGCAGGAACGUAAACUCGAAAACCGUAUCAGCUACGCUGCCGAUGAUAGGCGUCAAAUCAUGGACCUGCCGUUGGCCAAGAGUAAGUACACAAAGGCCAACGAAAAGCGACAAAAACGCGCAGAGCGCUUCGGUGCCCCCCAGCCAUCGCCCCAGAGGUCUCCUACGCCUGAGCCUCCCGCUGGUCCAGUGAUCGGAACGUGCCAAAAACUGGAGAAGAACUACCUGCGGUUGACCGCGCCACCAAAGCCUGAAGUUGUCCGCCCAGAGAGUGUGUUGCGGCAGACCCUGGACCUCCUCAAGAAGAAGUGGAAGAAGGAGAGGAAGUACUCUUACAUCUGCGACCAGUUCAAGUCCUUGCGUCAAGACCUUACCGUGCAGCGGAUCAAGAACGACUUCACUGUCGAGGUCUACGAGAUCCAUGCCCGGAUCGCAUUGGAGAUGGCCGACCUUGGUGAGUAUAAUCAGUGCCAGACCCAGCUGAUGGCCCUGUACAAGCUGGGUCUGAAAGGCCAUCCCGAUGAGUUCAAGGCAUACCGUAUUUUGUAUUUCAUCCACACCGCCAACCGCUCGGACCUUAAUGAUGCCCUGGCGGAUCUAACCACAGCAGAGAAAUCGGAGCCCGCCAUCAAGCACGCGCUGGAUGUCCGUUCGGCCCUGGCCCUAGGCAAUUACCACCGUUUCUUCCAGCUCUACAUUGACCCCUCUCAUAUCAAGAUGGGUGCGUACCUGAUGGACAUGUUUGUCGGUCGUGAGCGCCUCGCUGCACUGUGCAACAUGUGCAGAGCUUACAAGACAGAUGUUCCUCUUCGUUUCAUCACCGAGGAACUCGGUUUUGAUGCCGACGGCGACACGUACAAGUUCCUUGUCGACUACGAUGCUCAGGGACUCCUAGAAGAGCGUGACUCCGUCGUCUACUUCCAAAUGGGCAAAGCCAAGGGUCACUUCGAGGCUGCAAGAACCCAAGCCUUCGGCCGGGUUGACAUCAAAGGCCAGAUUUGA